AUGUCUUUCAAAUGCCCAGCAAAAUUCUGCAAGUUCAGCGGUACAAAAACCGGACUCACCCACCAUCUCCGAUCGUGCACCAGGCUCAAAGCACCAGGCUCAAAAAAUCUCCACUCGUUUCAGGAGAGGACAGCGGAGAAGCGGGCACAGAAGCGCAAGGAAAUUGAAGCACAGGGUCUCCUAGGAGAUGAUCAUCACAAUCCUGGUCCAUCGAGUGCAGUGACUGGGCCCAUUCCGGAAGUCCCUGAGCACCCUGAGGAGCCCUACAGGGAUCCUACACCCCCACAACCACCAUCGCCCUCACCUCCCAUCACUGACUGGCGUGAUCAGCCAGGACCGCGACGGUCAACCCGACGACAACGUAUUCCUCAACCUGUCGUGGAUGUGUUGCCACCUCCCACCAGCCUGGUUACACUUUCCGGCGUACAGAACAACCCUCUGAGUCAGGCACCAUCUCCCUCAGCGCCUGAAUCAUCGCAGACCACAGAAGGGCUGUGCUCCCCAACUCCCGAACCUCAGUUUUACGAGACUGAACCUGACGAGUUUGGGCUGUACCGUCACUGUCGGUUCUCGCCCUAUGAUAAGGUCAUCCCAAUGCCUGCCGAUUUUGACCUAGCGUCGCUUCUCCGCAAUUCGUGCCUUCAAGAAGACAGGCAGAACAAGCCCAGCAACCUUUUCCGCAAACAGGGAGUCUUGAACGUCAAAUCUGGGGGACAAGAGCGUGCGGAUGCCUCGUGGAUCGACGACGUUCACAUGGAAGGCGACACGGUUGAAUGGGAUUCCGAAGGGAGCAGGAAAGCCAGCAGCAACGGAAAGCGCAAGAUUGACCUUGAAACUGGCGCAAGCCCUUUGCCAAAGGGUUCCUCCAUCUCAAAACGGCGAAGGGUUGGGUCGGCUCCAAACGCCGCAAGGCAAUCUCUUCGUGCGGCGCCCUCUCAGCCAUUCAACCCCCCCGCAAUCUCGCCAAGGGCAAAAUACAACACUAGGUGCCGUCGACAGAGGGAAAAGAAGCUGCGGGAGGAUUGGGAUGCAGCCGUGCUCGACGUACCGUUGGGCGAGAGCGGUCUGUCAGGGCUACCAGCAACUUCAACUGGAUACGAAGCGCUGUCACAGGAGGCCACCAAAGCUGAGAGGCUCGAACUCGAUGCUCUCCUGGCUAAGGGCUACAGAUUGCAGAAGUGGAAUGGUCGGGACACUCUUGCGUUUGCAGAUGAAGACGCCCAGCGGGGCAACGGUAACGCACUGCCUCACAAUUUCAACCUCACCACUCGUCGAGGGGAGCUCGUACGCCAGCUGCUAGAAGAUCCGAAAACGUCAUCAGACUUGCAAACUUUGCCGAUAGAUCUUUCAAACUCUACGCCCCUAGAACCUAUCAACACUACCAAGAAAAUAGCCUGA